CGAUUUCUUCAAUUUGACAGCAAAGUCGGGUUUGGAUUCGAGAAUUGUGGCAAUUUAUUUGUAAAAUUGCAGAAAUGGCUGUUAAAACACUCCAUAAAUUCCUCCUAGUUGCAGGAUUCGUGUCACUAAUUCACGCUGCAUAUUCAGCAGCACAGCACAGAACCUACCUGAGAAUCACAGAGCAGACCUUUAGUUCCCUACCAUUCGAUAUUCAACUGCAGGCAGUUAUUAGUCUAAUUGUCUUGGUGUACAGCAUCCUGCAAGUUGUCGGUGAGUUCCGCGAGAUUCGGGCUGCCGUGGAUUUACAGGCAAAAUCCUGGGAAACCCUCAGCAACAUUCCUUCAUUCUACAUCUUUAACCAUCGCGGUAAGAGUUUAUCCGGAAACUUUGAAAAUAAUGUCGAUGCUAGCAAUGAUUGAACUUCCCGUGCUAGGAAGCUUCUCUGGAAGUUAAUAGCAGGGAAGAUUCUCUCUAUACAAUAUUUUAUUUUAAAUGUGUAAGGAGACCGAUUAAUUAAAUUAACACCAAAGGCGAAAAGGAAAAGUUUUUAAUUUCAUUUUCCAUUUGAUAUGAAAAUUCUCGCCAUUCAUUUGUCAGGGUGUGGAGAGAAAAUUGCAUUAAAAGGGAAAAUUGUGGGUGGUUUACCGAGAGGCGCUCUCGUGGGGAGAAAGAGAGAAAGAGAGAGGGUGGAUGUCUCUAGCAGCCGUUUUUCGUCAUUUGAAUAAUAGACAGGGUCGGGAUGGGGGUACACGAAAAAGUUGUCUCGUGCAAAAUAUUCUAUCUUUUAGCUCGCAAACAAUCGCAAAUCGACAGUGUUUGCUCGCCCAGGCACAAUUUCCCACCCAAAAUAUACGGGAGUUUUGAAUGUAAACACUUUUAAUUGGCGGCAACAUUUAAAUACGAAGCAACCCCCCACCCGCUCUAUCCGAAAAUGUGUAUAUUGUGUUUGGGCUGUGGGCGCCCAUUCUCACUGAACAUGCUCCUCGAGGACUCUCUUCACAGAAAAAACCGCAAUGCUUCAAACAACUUCCGCUCUAUGCAAAUUUAGCGGGGUACCCGCAUCGGGGGACCAUCGUGUGGAUGGGGGCACCACCCCACCCACAGAAGCUUUGUGGUUUUUUUUUCUUUGGAGUUUUUCUUUCUUUUAAAGAAAAAUCAUCAUUGAAUUCACGAAUAAAAGGCACGUUUUAUUCACGCGGAAAUUAACUUGUUAACCCUUGUAGUACAAGGGCAAUUAACCCUUUUAUGCUGAAAGAAUAAAAGUAAUUUGAAUGAAUAAAAAAAA